AUGGGACAGCCCCUAGUACAGACCAUCCACCGGGAUCCCGCCCUGUUCUGGUGGAUUCUGCUCCCUAUUACUGUGGUGAUGGUCCUGACAGGCAUCCUCCGCCACUACGCGAUGAUCCUGCUGCAAACCGCGCCCAAGAAGCAAGACCUCCCUAAGAUCCGGCAACAGCGCGCGCUCGUCCGGGGCAUCAAUCUACGCGCCAACGCGAACGUCUUAUCGACCGCUUCCUUCCAGGCCCGCAAGUCAUACAUGGUGUCUGCAUACCAGGAAGGCAAGUUUCUGGCGGAGCCGGAACAGAGGGGCAAGCCGAGACCGAAUCCUAUGAGCGAUCCGGCGGCGAUGGAGGGCAUGAUGGGUAUGAUGAAGGGAAAUAUGGCGAUGAUGAUACCGCAGACUUUGAUCAUGGGAUGGAUCAAUGCGUUUUUCUCCGGCUUCGUCAUCAUGAAACUACCCUUUCCGCUUACGCCACAAUUCAAGUCGAUGCUCCAGUCAGGUGUCGGCACACGCGACUUGGAUGUGAGAUGGGUGUCUAGUCUUUCCUGGUACUUCCUUACCUUGUUUGGGCUCCAACCCGUCUAUAACUUUAUUCUUGGAAGCAAUAACUCUGCAAAUAAUGUCACGCAGCAGAUGGCCAUGGCCAACCCAGGGGCGGGAUUGAUGGGUCCCGAGCAGGACCCUGAUAAGCUCUUCUUAAACGAGGCCGAGAACUUGGAGGUACUCGAACAUCGCUGGAUUUUGGACGGAAUCGAGGAUCGACUCAUUGCGAAAAUGGCCGCCUAA